GGGCUGCGCGGAGCAGGGCGGCCGGCCGGAGGGCGGGCGGGCUGCGCCAGGGACGAGAUGGAGGGCCGGCCGGCCGCCCCGGGGCCCUACCGCGCCACCAAGCUGUGGAAUGAAAUUACAAGGUAUUUCCGAGCCGGCAUGCCAUUAAGGAAACACAGGCAACAUUUCAAAAAACAUGGAAGCUGUUUUACUGCGUCAGAAGCUGUAGAAUGGCUCCAUGAAGUAUUAAGGAAUAACAGUAACUUUGGUCCUGAAGUUACUAGGCAGCAGACUGUUCAGUUAUUAAGAAAGUUUCUCAAGAAUCAUGUAAUUGAAGAUAUAAAAGGGAGAUGGGGAUCUGAAAACUUAGAAGACAAUGGUGCGCUGUACAGAUUUCCUUCAACAUCUCCAGUUAAACCUCUACCAAGUUCAUGUCCACCAAAAGAGAACUUGGAAAACUUCUCUAGAGACAAAGAAAGACUUUUUAAACUGCCGCAUUUAUCCAGGAGAACUUUUAAAAAACAUGAGUUCCUACAGUCUCUGGAAAACUUAGAAAAUACAAACCCAGAUAUAAUAGAGGAAAACAAGGAAGACAUUCUGCAUAGGAAGGAAAUAAGCCACGAAUAUGUGCAAGAAACUUGGAGAAAUAUAAUUCUAAUACAUUUGCAAACCAUUUUAGGCAUCCCAUCUUUGGAAGAAGUCUUGCAGCCAACACAGAUAGUUCCUGAGUAUGUCAUAUACAAUAUGACUAACACAAGCAAACAUGGUGUUGUUAUUUUGCAGAACAAAUCAGAAGACCUCCCUCACUGGGUGUUGUCAGCUAUGAAAUGCCUCGCAUACUGGCCUAGAAAUAAUGACAUGAGCCAACCAACUUACAGUGGGUUUGAACGGGAUGUAUUCAGAACGGUUGCUGAUUACUUUCUCAAUCUCCCUGAACCAUUACUUACUUUUGAAUACUAUGAACUUUUUGUUAAUAUUUUAGUUAUGUGUGGCUACAUCACAAUUCCAGAUAUAUGCAGUGGAAAACAUUCUGUCCGAGAUGAGAAAUGUGACCCACAACCUUCAAAAACUCUUCACUUGAACUCUUUCAAGUCAACUGAGUGUCUUCUUCUAAGCCUGCUUCGCAAAGAGCCUGACAAAAAAAAGAAAGACUAUGAAGCUUCCAGGAAGUCUUUUUCAGAAGAGCUAGCUAUUGAAAAACAAUGUGCAAAGAAAUUGCAGCAAUAUAAACUGACAUGUAAACAAGGUAGUGCUGAUAAUCUAAUAGGAGGAAGUUGUCAAAAUCUUUCAGGUUUCAGGAAUGAACAAGAUCCACCUCGAACAUUUAGGACAAGAUGUUACUCUUUGGAAAGAAUUGGAGAUGCUACUUCAAGUGUAUGUAAUAAAGGAGAAGCUGAUUCCCUCAGGCAAAGUGAUGUGAACACCAUCCUGGGCACAAGAAAUGGAAAACAGUCACUACCGUAUGAACAUAAAGCUAAUUCUGUAUUGGGGCUUGGUUUUGAUAACACAUGUCAAAAACAAACCCAUGGUAUCAAGAGAGUGUCUGCCUCAACUCUUCAGAAUAAAGAGCUAUUUAAUGAAAAUCACGGAUCGAAGCAAAUAUGCAGGUCUCUGAGUUUACUUGGCAAGAGGGACUCCAAAAGUUGCGCUAGCAUUAAUGUACCAGUUGCUGAAAUCACAGUAAAGCCAAGGUCUCAACUUUGUGGGCAAGGAAAACCAAAUACUUCUGGUGUGGCUUCUUCAGUGGACGUCAGGACUGAGGUUUCUGAUACCACCGUCAAAAAAAGACUCUGUAAAAGUACCACAGAACUCUCAGAAUACUCUUUCACUCACUCUUCUUAUAUGUUGACUGGCACGCAAAAUCUCCUUCAGCCUCAUUUAGAAAGAAUUGCCGUUGAAGCACUACAGAUAUGUUGUUUGUUGCUUCCGCCACCAAAUCGUAGAAAGAUUCAGCUCCUAAUGCGUAUGAUCUCUCGGAUCAGUGAAAAUGUUGAUAUGCCACGACUGCAUGAUGCAAUGGGCACGCGUUCUUUGAUGAUACAGACUUUUUCUCGAUGCGUGCUAUGCUGUGCAGAAGAAGUAGAUCUUGAUGAGCUGCUUUCCACACGAUUAGUUUCAUUUCUAAUGGACCAUCAACAAGAAAUAUUUAAAGUACCAACUUACCUGCAGGUUGCAGUGCGAGAUCACAUAGAAUACGUGAAGAUGGCUCAGUGCAAAUAUCCAAAGGAAGAAAUUUGUGCCAUAUUGCCAACAUAUUCAUACUGCAAACAAAUAACUCCUCAGGAGUUUGAAGAACAAAAGGUUUCUACCUCUCAAGCUGCAGUGACAGAGCUCUUGGAGAACAUUAUCAAAGAUAAAAACCUGUCUGUAAAAGACAAAAAGAAAAAGUUAAAACAGUUUCAGAAGGAAUACCCUUUAAUCUACCAGAACAGAUUUCCAACUACAGAAAAUGAAGCAAUGCUAUUUGAUAACAAACCUACCAUCAAACAACCAAUGCUUAGCCUAAGAAAACCAAGAUUUCGUAGCCUAAGAUACUAAUUUCACCACACCUCAGCUGCUUAUUUAUUUUGUGGAUGUAUGUAUGAAUGAUUUGCCAAAGGGCACUUUCUACAGAAGUUUGAUGGUGGCUGUGUGUGUAGAAGAAAAAUGUUUACAUGGACACUAUGCCAAAAGGUGCCAAACUAACUUUUUUUUUUUGUGCAGAUAACUUUUGAAUGACUGCUAAGAGAGAAAUAAAUAUAUAUCUGUUUACAAAUUAUUACAAUAUACUAUGCUCAGUAAAAUAAAUGUGAAAAUAAGCAUGAAGCUAUUAGUAACCAAAAAUUUAUAUAUGAUUUUCAUAUGGGAAACUAACGAUAUGCAUAUUGUUGUAACUUCUUUAACGUCUAUUCAGAAGUUUGUGCUGUUUAUUAUAGUUUGUGUAGGUUUUUAAAUGUCUGUAUGUUAUGAAUAAGUGCCUUCUUUGUAUUCCUAAAAUACUUGUCUUUAAACAAAACAAUGUUCUUUGAGUUUGGGACUAAUUUAAAAGUUGGUUCUGUUGUUUCCAAGGGAGCCAGAAAUUCACCAUAAAUAAAUGAUAGUCUGACUCCAUAAAAUACUUCUGUUCAUCUCAUCUGUAAAAUUCACAUAAGUUUUUUGUAUACUUAUUUAUAUUAAAAGUCUUAGGUCUAUUUCUGACAUUUUCAUGGAAAAUUUAUUUUGGAUCUAUUGCUAUACUUCUCAAAAUAAUAGAAGCGAUGGAUGAUAACAUGCAGUGACAACAAAUAGAAUCAGAAUGCACUAAACUUCGCUAUUUUGUUUCCACAGUUAGGGGUUUGCUUGUUAAUUCUGAUGGGGCCAAGGCUCCCCCACAAGAGUAUAAAUAUGCAUGAGUAUUUCUGUGAGAGAACAAUUCAAAGUAAGUGUUUUCUUAAAGGAGGUCCCAGUUUAAUAUUUAGACAGAUACCCUCCAGGCAAAAAACUAAAAAGUCACAAGCAGCGAAUGGUGUUAGUGUUGAAUACUGGGCUUGGAGACAAAUGGGUGCUGUUCUCUCCUGUAUUUGCAUCCAUCAGGAAAGAAGCCUGAAAUCCUUUUUUUUGUUUUCCCAAAGAGACACUAACAGAGUGUAGGUGUAAAGCCUGGGCACUCAAGGGAAUUUUAAAUAAGACUUAAUAAAAAAAAAUCCCUUUCUUCUUAACAGGGUAAAAAUAGCGUACUAUAGCAAAAAGAUGGAUGAACCUUUAAGGAUUCAUUGAAACAUUGUUUAUAUUAAAAGUACUGUCACUUUGGAAAGAAGUCAUGUGGAGCUAUAAUCAGCCAACAUGCCAAGCACGAGCUCUGCCAUGAGACCUAUGGCUAUUGCUGCUUGUAAUCUAGAAACAGAACUGUUAUGUACUGGAAGAACUUCAAGUUCUGGGUAUGAUAAGGUGUUUUAUAGAACAAGCCCUGCGAGUAGGAGCACUAAUGGAUCUGCCUCUCGCUCUCAACACAAUUCUCUCGCCACCUUGUCCUCUCAGUCCAAGGAGAGGAGAAUGUGACGUGGGAGGUUAGAAACAGUGCUGGUAAGGGUGUAGCUGUAUCCGUGGGCAGUUAGAAAGCGGGGAGAUCAGUUGAGUAAUGCAGCUGAACUGACAAUUAAUUUGAUAUAGGGCAGCUAAAGGUCCUUGGAGGAAAUUAUGCCAUGUAAAAUACAAUUUCUGUAAAUUCUCUUGUUAAUAACUAGUACUUUUUAUAAAUUCCAAUACUGUGCCAGAGUAAGGAACAAUGUGUAUCUCCUUUAAGGGCUGGCGGCACUGGACUUUGUUAGCUGUAUAUAUGCAAUUCAGGGUCUUCAAUGUUUACUGUUCACAUGUUGCUGUGCUUGAGCUUCUCGGAUCAGUCUGGUCACUUGUCAGACCCACAGUCCAAGCUGUGACCUGUCCCUCGCAUAACCUAAGCUGAUAUUCAGGUGGACUUCUUGCUGCAUAAUGCUUUCACGCUGCUCUUCAGUUAAAGGUUUCUUUAAGCUCAUAUCAUCACAAUGAAUAACGUGCCACACACUGAAACCAUUCUGCAUUUGGAACGGUGCCAAAAUUGAGUUUUGUUGUGAAGAAUUUGUGUCCAUGUUACGUUUCAGUUGUAAUAUUGCUUCUAGAUAAAUCUUAAACUAUCUGCUUAUUUGGGCUGUAUUUGCAGAAAAAUGGAAGGGAUACACUGCUAGUGUUGGAUUGCAGAAGAAGGUAUGUUUGAAGUCCAACUUUGUUUUCACUUUAGGGUUUGGGGUUUUUUUGUUAAGCAGUUUUGUGCUUUAUGGAAUCAGCUAUUUUUAGAGAGGUGAGUGCUUUUUCUUUGUGUGAGCUGUUUGGUUGUCUGUUGUCUUAUUCGGUUGUCUUACACAGUUCUGAGCUGUGCAGUGUAGGCGUAUCAUUUUGCUUUGUCACGUCUUGCCUGUUCUAGGACAAGAAACUGAAUUGUUGUUGUACCUGCACAUGCAGACUCUUACAGUAAUUGUCAUAAGAGCAGUCAUUAAAAUUAAAGC